AUGAGAGUAACCACAUUCUGCAUUAUAGAUGACCAUACUAUCGCCACGGGUGAUGAAGAUGGAGCUAUAUUGCUCUGGGACACACGGGUCACCAAGGCAGUUUGCCGCUCAAAGGUUACCGAGUUCAACAGUACUAUUGCAGGUAUCUUGUUAGGAAAGGACACAAGGGAACUGUUGGCGAUAUGUGAUGACCAGUUGGGGUGCUUUACCCUAAAAAACGGAAAGAUGUCACUACUCGGCAUGUCAGACAAUGUUGAAGACGAGUUUUUGUGUUUCUGCUAUGCCAAACAGAUGCGAAAGGUCGUAUGCGGGACUAAUACAGGACACCUGUGUCUAUUUUCUUACGGACAUUGGGGCGAUAUCAACGACCGCAUAACCCUAGGGACAAAUAGCCUGGAAAGCAUUGUCGCAUUGGACCAUAACACGGUACUAAUCGGCGGUGAUAAUGGAACUAUCGAUGUUGUAUCGAUAAUGCCGAACGAAAUAAGAGGCACUCUGGGGGAUAUAGCUAAGCUCGGCGAUAAAAUAACAAAUACGGACUCGCUAUGCCUAAACGACACAAAAACAAUUCUAGGGUUCAUAGCUAAUCUUGAGCAAAUAUGCCUCGUUACCACAGACAAGAUCAUCCAGUUGGCAGACGGCAAAUUGCAAGAGUCCAGCUUUUUUGCUGACCUCUAG